UGUUGGUGAGGAAAAACCUCCACACACACACAACCACUAUCUUCUCUGUUAUUUAACUAUUUUGAUCCGACUUUUUUGGACCAUUCCGUAGGUCCUGACCGCCUACCGACGAGAACCAAGGACACCCUCUCUAACUGACGUCACAGGAUCCGUUCCAACACGGAAACCGUAAUGGUGGGGGCUCGUCGUUUAGUCGUUACCUGCAGUCGGUAUUGUUGUGAUGGUCUCCGAUCUCUCAUCUACUUCUAUCCACAACCUGUUACACACGUUAAAGAAAACACGUCAAUCUGAAAGAAGACUAAGAAAAAAUGUUCAACAAACGAAGCCCUGUCGCUGUGUGACCAAAAUGGACGAUCGCUGGAGAAAGUUGACAGAUAAUUCGGGCCCCUGUUCUUGUAAGUUUAACACGUUUCUUUCCGUUGAUCGAGAUUCCCGUUUGUAGAUCUACAACCAUGGGGACGUUAGCACGCGGUCUCCUGCUGCUGUUGCUGCUGUCUUGGAAAGGAACCGAUUUACAGGUUAAGUCAGUGAGUGUAACUCUACCAGAGUCUCUAUUGUUUGUGUCUACUCUGGAUGGGAGUCUACAUGCUGUUUCCAAGCAGUCUGGAGACAUCAAAUGGACCCUCAAAGAAGAUCCCAUCAUCCAGGUGCCUGUCUACCUUACUGAGCCAGGGUUUCUCCCUGACCCCAACGAUGGCAGUCUCUACGUCCUGGGAGGAAAACACAAGGAAGGACUGAUGAAACUGCCCUUCACCAUCCCAGAGCUGGUCCAGUCUGCUCCCUGUAGGAGUUCUGAUGGAGUCCUUUACACUGGUAAGAAGCAGGAUGUAUGGUUCGUGGUGGACCCCCAGACAGGAGAGAAACAGACCAGCCUCUCCACAUCAUCAUCUGACUCCAUCUGCCCCAAUGCACCACUGCUAUACAUAGGAAGAACAGAGUACAUGAUAACGAUGUAUGAUACGAAGACACAGGAGCUGAGGUGGAACGCAACAUACAACGACUACUCUGCCCCGCCGUACGAUGAGAAACACGACUACAAGAUGGCCCAUCUUGUCUCCAGUGGGGAUGGGUUGGUGGUGACCGUAGACAGAGAGUCAGGUGACGUCCUGUGGAUGCAAAACUAUGGGUCACCUGUGGUGGGGGUUUACCUGUACAGCCAGGACUCUCUGAGACACGCCCCUCACCUGUCAGUUGCCAUGGAGACGCUGCGUUACCUCACCUUCUCGUCCCACGACACACACACCAUGAAGUGGAGCUACCAGUUUGUCACUGAGCAGGCUAGCACACACACACAGCUGGUGCCCACUCUGUAUGUGGGGAAGCUGGAUUCUCAUCUGUACGCCUCCACCUCCCUGGUUCACGACGGAGUCUCUCUAGUGCCGCGGGGCCUGACACUGGCGCGGAUCGAGGGACCGGAGACCGAGGAGGUGACGGUUAGAGAGGAGGGAGAGUGUGAGAUCAUCCCGUCUACCGACGUACGAUACCCGCCAGGCUCCACCAACACACUGAACAACCAGUGGCUGCUCAUAGGACACCAUGAGUUACCCCCGGUAGCCCACACCACCAUGUUGAGAGACUUCCCGGUAAACCUGCAGCGUUCCGGUGAUGCCGUUAUCCCGACCCGGUCUCAGAACAACCGCUAUACAGACCAUCCUUUCCAGUCAGUAGGUCAUGGUGGUGGAGGGGGUCGUGGUUCGGGUCCUAGCGGGAGCAGAAGGACCCAAGCAGGAUCAAGAUCAGGGUUGUCCUCUAUCCUGCCCGACUAUAUAUACCAGGACCCUGUUACCGUGGUGAUCCUGUCUCUACUGCUGGGAGGAUGGCUUGCCUUCGCUCUGACUUAUCCACAGCAGCAGAAGGACCAGAGGCAGCAGUUGGACGAAGCUCUGGAAUCCCGUCUCCAACACCUGCUAGACACGCCCUCUUCUGCAGACACACCCCCUUCUCCACCAGGGACCCCCCUUCCUUCUGGAGCCCAGCCCCAGUCUGCAGACUCACAGCCUUCAUCUGUGGACCCUCCUCUCUCUGGCUCACCCGGUAACAGUAGUGACGCUGUAGCCAGGAACGGAUCUGCUGUAACACGACACACACACGAUGGAGGGGUAGAGGAGGUGGAGGUAGGGAAGAUCUCCUUCUGUCCAUCAGAGAUCCUGGGACAUGGGACAGAAGGAACCUUCGUCUUCCGGGGCCAUUUUGACGGCCGUCGCGUGGCGGUGAAACGGAUCCUUCCAGAGUGUUUUGACGUUGCAGAGCGAGAGGUCCAGCUGCUCCGGGAAUCGGACGAACAUCCAAACGUCAUCAGAUACUACUGCACCGAGAGAGACAAACUGUUCACCUACAUCGCUAUAGAACUGUGUGCUGCUACGCUACAACAGUAUGUGGAAGAUCCGUCGUGCCAUGCUGGUCUCAGCCCUGUCACUGUACUACAACAGACCAUGUGUGGUCUCAGCCACCUCCACUCACUAAACAUAGUCCACAGGGAUCUGAAGCCUCGUAACAUCCUGUUGUCUCAGCCAGGGCCCCUGGGGCGGGUGAGAGCGCUGAUAUCAGACUUCGGCCUGUGUAAAAAGAUCCCUGAGGGAAGGACUAGUUUCUCUCUCCGCUCGGGGAUACCGGGGACAGAGGGGUGGAUCGCCCCGGAAGUACUGCUGGACACACCGGGAAACAACCCGACCCGUUGUGACCAGGCGGUGGAUGUGUUCUCGGCAGGCUGUGUGUUCUACUACGUGGUCAGUAGGGGGCAGCACCCGUUUGGUGACACGCUACGACGCCAAGCUAACAUCCUGACCGGGGAGUACUUCCUCACACACUUCCUGGAUGACGUGCAUGAUGACGUCAUAGCGCGGGACCUGAUAGAGCGAAUGAUCAACAGCGAUCCAGAGUCCCGCCCCUCCACUUCCUCUAUUCUUAAACACCCGUUCUUCUGGAGCCCUGAUAAGCAACUUCAGUUCUUCCAGGAUGUGAGUGACCGUAUAGAGAAGGAACCCACAGACAGCACCAUGGUGGUGAGGCUGGAGACAGCUGGCAGAGCUGUAGUACGAACCAACUGGAGAAUGCACAUCUCUGUUCCUUUGCAGACAGACCUGAGGAGGUUCAGGACGUAUAAAGGGAACUCAGUCAGAGACCUGCUCCGAGCAAUGAGAAAUAAGAAGCACCACUACCACGAGUUGCCAGCGGAGGUCCAGGAGACGUUAGGGGAGGUGCCUGAAGGCUUCGUUAGUUACUUCACCUCCCGGUUCCCGCGGUUACUGCUACACACACACACCGCGCUCAGCAGCUGUUCACACGAGAGACUUUUCCAACCCUACUACCUGCCCCCCACUGUUAAAUAACACACACACACAGGAAAGGUCGCUGGUUCAAAUCCCCCAGCCGACUAAAGUGAAAAUCUGCUAAUGUGCCCUUGAGCAAGGCACCUAACCACACUGGCUCCUGUAAGUUGCUCUGGAUAAGAGCGUCUGCUAAAUGACUCCAAUUUCAAAGUGUAAAUUCACUUCCUGUGGUAGAGCCGGAAUGACUGCCUCAUGAAUAUUCAGAGACGGACUGUUGAAUGACUGCCUCAUGAAUAUUCAGAGACGGACUGUUGAAUGACUGCCUCAUGAAUAUUCAGAGACGGACUGUUGAAUGACUGCCUCAUGAAUAUUCAGAGACGGACUGUUGAAUGACUGCCUCAUGAAUAUUCAGAGACGGACUGUUGAAUGACUGCCUCAUGAAUAUUCAGAGACGGACUGUUGAAUGACUACCUCAUGAAUAUUCAGAGACGGACUGUUGAAUGACUACCUCAUGAAUAUUCAGAGGCAGACUGGUACACUCCAAGACAAAAGCUUUUUAAAUGCUGUAAAUGUUUUACUCGUAACUUACAAGAUGAACUGAUUUUAACUUUCACCUGCUCUGACGUUCGUGUCUGUGAAGCACGUUAUUUUCUGCUCUGAUAGGAUAGCCUGAUACGCUAUAGUUUAAUACACUGCUCUGAUAGGAUAGUUUAAUACACUGCUCUGAUAGGGUAGUUUUAUACACUGUUCUGAUAGGAUAGUUUUAUACACUGUUCUGAUAGGAUAGUUUUAUACACUGCUCUGAUAGGAUAGUUUAAAUACACUGCUCUGAUAGGAUAGUUUUAAUACACUGCUCUGAUAGGAUAGUUUUAAUACACUGUUCUGAUAGGAUAGUUUAAAUACACUGCUCUGAUAGGAUAGUUUAAAUACACUGCUCUGAUAGGAUAGUUUUAAUACACUGCUCUGAUAGGAUAGUUUUAAUACACUGCUCUGAUAGGAUAGUUUUACUAACUGACGAUGGAAUGUUUUGGUUCUCUAUGUGCACUAAGUGCACUAAGGGGAACGAGGGGUCAAAUCUGAAGCCCUAUUCUCUAUGUAGUGCACUAAGGGGAAAGUAGGGGUCAAAUCUGAAGCCCUAACUCGAUGUAGUGCACUAAGUGGAACGAGGGGUCAAAUCUGAAGCCCUAUUCUCUAUGUAGUGCACUACGGGGAAAGUAGGGGUCAAAUCUGAAGCCCUAACUCGAUGUAGUGCACUAAGUGGAACGAGGGGUCAAAUCUGAAGCCCUAUUCUCUAUGUAGUGCACUAAGGGGAAAGUAGGGGUUAAAUCUGAAGCCCUAUUCUCUAUGUAGUGCACUAAGGGGAAAGUAGGGGUUAAAUCUGAAGCCCUAUUCUCUAUGUAGUGCAUUCAGAGGAAUGAAGGGUCAAAUCUGAAGCCCUCUUCUCUAUGUAGUGCACUAAGGAGAAAGUAGGGGUUAAAUCUGAAGCCCUAUUCUCUAUGUAGUGCACUAAGGGGAAAGUAGGGGUUAAAUCUGAAGCCCUAUUCUCUAUGUAGUGCACUAAGAGGAACGAGGGGUCAAAUCUGAAGCCCUAUUCUCUAUGUAGUGCACUAAGGAGAAAGUAGGGGUUAAAUCUGAAGCCCUAUUCUCUAUGUAGUGCACUAAGGGGAAAGUAGGGGUUAAAUCUGAAGCCCUAUUCUCUAUGUAGUGCACUACGGGGAAAGUAGGGGUCAAAUCUGAAGCCCUAUUCUCUAUGUAGUGCACUAAGGGGAUAGUAGGGGUUAAAUCUGAAGCCCUAUUCUCUAUGUAGUGCACUCAGUGGAACGAGGGGUCAAAUCUGAAGCCCUAUUCUCUAUGUAGUGCACUAAGGGGAAAGUAGGGGUCAAAUCUGAAGCCCUAUUCUCUAUGUAGUGCACUAAGAGGAAAGUAAAGUUCAAAUCUGAAGCCCUAUUCUCUAUGUAGUGCACUAAGGGGAAAUUAGGGGUUAAAUCUGAAGCCCUAUUCUCUAUGUAGUGCACUAAGGGGAUAGUAGGGGUCAAAUAUGAAGCCCUAUUCUCUAUGUAGUGCAUUCAGAGGAACGAGGGGUCAAAUCUGAAGCCCUCUUCUCUAUGUAGUGCACUAAGGGGAAAGUAGGGGUUAAAUCUGAAGCCCUAUUCUCUAUGUAGUGCACUAAGGGGAAAGUAGGGGUUAAAUCUGAAGCCCUCUUCUCUAUGUAGUGCAUUCAGAGGAACGAGGGGUUAAAUCUGAAGCCCUAUUCUCUAUGUAGUGCAUUCAGAGGAACGAGGGGUCAAAUCUGAAGCCCUAAUCUCUACAGUGCCUUGCGAAAGUAUUCGGCCCCCUUGAACUUUGCGACCUUUUGCCACAUUUCAGGCUUCAAACAUAAAGAUAUAAAAAUGUAUUUUUUUGUGAAGAAUCAACAACAAGUGGGACACAAUCAUGAAG